GGUUGCGGCUUGAAGCUCCUAUCCAGACACAUUCCAGCAGAGUAAGACCACAGGUACGAGAGUGUUGAACAGAGAAGACAGGGGUAAAGGAAUGAGAAAGAAAGGCAGGGACCAAUUGGAGAGGAAGAGGAAAAAAAUGAUGCAAAAAAGAAAGAAGAUAAAAGCACUUUAUUAAGGAGAAAUAUGGCGGUCCAACACUACUGGCUGAUGCUGCUGUUGGUCAGCUGCCAUGAAUGGAUUGCAGGUGUUGGGAUCAGUCCUUUUAUAAAGCAUUAUGAAGUCUUAUCGUAUGACAGAGGAGAUCUCCACAGGAAGCACUUAAGAGCCAGGAGAGCUACGCAGCCUCAGGGAUAUACACUGGAUUUGGAUUUUACCGCUUUUAAUCGAGCAUUCCGCCUGCUUUUGAAGCAGGACUCUGCCGGGUUUUCCGAAGAAUUCACGCUGGUCGAUGAAAAAGGCCCAACAUCAGUCGAUCUGUCCCACUUAUACUCAGGAACAGUUGAAGGCGAGUAUGGGUCAUCCUGCCACGGCUCUGUAUUACAGGGACAGUUUGAGGGAACCAUCCACACAGAGAGUGGCACUUACCACAUAGAGCCUCUGCACAGAUAUGACAGCCUGACAGAUCACCACUCCAUCAUCUACCAUGAAGAGGAUUUAGUUCUUCCACAUGCGAUGCCCCGCUCUGGUGGAUUCUGUAAUGCAGAUCGUCUUAACGCCCUCGCUGGAAACCUCAACCAGGCACCAGUGAGCCGUUCCAGGAGAAAAGUUGACGACUCGAAGACCAGCUGCCUGCUCCACCUCCACGCCGACCACUUCUACUACAAGAAGUUCAAGUCCGUUGAAGCUGUUGUGGCUCAGGUUGCCUCUUAUAUGCGGGCCGUGAACAACAUCUACAACAAGGUUGACUUUGAUGGAAUCAAGCUGAUCAACUUUAAAGUCAAAUCCCUCAGAGUGAUGAUGACAGAGAAUAAGACGGAUCCUCUGCAUCCUCUGUUUAUCGGACCGGAGAAAUUGUUGAGUCUUUUCUCCGAGAAAAACUGGGGAAACUUCUGCCUGGCCUACAUGCUCACUAACCGAGACUAUAGCGGAGUGCUGGGGCUCGCCUGGGAGGGCAAGACCGGUAACUGGGGAGGGAUAUGCUCCAAGUACACGGCGCUCCGUAACGGCGGCAUGGCCACCCUGAACACAGGACUGAUCACCAUUCAGAACUACGGACAGUUCCUGCCUCCGCGACAGGUCCAGCUCACCUUUGCGCAUGAACUGGGUCACAGCCUGGGCUCUCCGCAUGACGAGGGCUCGAACUGCGGCAACCUCGGCUCCUCUGGGGGGAAAGGUCGGUACCUGAUGUUUCCACAGGCCACAGACGAGGUGCGAGAAAACAACGACAAGUUCUCAACCUGCAGCGUUAAACACAUCAGCAACAUCCUGCAUCAGAAGAAAGACAACUGCUUCGUGGUCAGCGAUGAGCCCAUCUGCGGCAACCACAUCGUGGAGAAAGAGGAGGAGUGUGAUGUCGGUCACAAUGACACAGACCUCUGUUGCUACAGUGCUAAAGAGGCCGUAGGAGUCCAGUGUCGACUCAAGCCUGGCAAAGUGUGCAGUCCGAGUCAGGGCCUGUGCUGCGGUCAGAACUGUGAGCUUAAGCCUUUGGGUCAGAUGUGCGACGAGGAGACGGACUGUGUAAAGGAGAGCGUGUGCUCCGGCCUCUCCCCGCUCUGCCCCGAACCAGACCCCAAGGAGAACUUGACUGUCUGCAGCCAGGGCACGCGCGUUUGUCUGAACGGGGUCUGCGCUGAAUCUGUGUGUGUGAAGCACGGCCUGCAGCAGUGUGACUGUCCUGGAGUCAGCAUGAAGGAGAAAUGCCACAUGUGCUGCCAGCAGCCCGGUAAGCCGAUGACGUGCGCCAGCACCUCCUCCUCUGUGCUGUCCCGUCACUUCCAGACGAAGCUGUUGCCCCUGGUUGGCGGCGCGCCGUGCUCGGGGAACCAAGGAUACUGCGACAGAUUCCACGUGUGUCGCCUCCUGGAUGCGGACGGCCCGAUCGCCAGACUCAAGAACUCGUUCCUUCAUUUGGAUGAUUUUGAUGAUGUGGGGGAGUGGAUGAAGGCUCAUUGGUGGGCCAUCCUCAUUGUUAUCCUGGUUCUGUCUGGAGUGAUGGGCUGCAUAGUCUGCCUGUGCGGCAGUCCCCUGAACACUCGUGACCUGGACACGCCCACAACUCCUCCCACUUCAAGAAAUGCAUAUGAACUACAAUAGAAAAAAAUAUAUUUAUUACUCCUGUUUGCUGAUGAGGGGGAAAUUAAAGUAUCUGAGCUGCUCUACAACGAUGCAUUUUGACAGCCUUGUGUUGUGUUGCAAUCAGAGAUCUGCAAAUGGCCUCUGUGGGGGCCGAACACCUGCUCAGCUCCCCUCAUGCCGGUUUGUCACCAGAUAUCUUUGUAUGUCACAAUGUUUCUGCCGUCGCUUAUCCCUGGUGGGGUUGAUUCUCAGUAAGGCUCCUGGGAUACACGCGCUGUGGAAAAUGUUUCCUCAAAGGCUGCCGCAUACUGUGACUCUGAAGUCGCAAUGUAAAGGCACCUGAUUCUGCAAACACUACAGAAUGUCAGGAAUUUGUGUUUCUAAUUGUGUACGAGGGAAACAGGUGGCUGAGCUGUCCCGUUUUAUUCUGUGUUCUUGUGUGCAUACAGAUUUUUUUUUCCCACGUUUUUCUUCAAAAGUAAUUGGGAUUCCAUGUGGAAGGACAGAGAGUAGCCCGGCUAAAACAUAAUUUUAGGUCAUCAUGACUACUUAAAAGAGGCUGCAAGUCUCCAUGUUUCUGCUAACUCAAGCGUCUUCGUUUGAAUCCUCUCAGUGUCACCUUGAGACAGUAGGGAGACAAAAAAAAAA